AUGGCAAUGGCAGCACGGUCCACGGGCACCCGGCCCCCGCACGGUAUGCAGACGUCUGUCCAGCCGAGCUUCGACCCCACCCGCGGCGAGUGGGGCGGGAUCUCGCUCUGCGAGCUGCGAUCGUCCCCGGCGACGCUCUCGGGCUGGCCUCUGGACGGUGCGGGCUUCACCGUCGAGGAGAUCGUCGGGCGAGGCGCCAAUGGCGUCGUUGUGCGGGCGGUGAGCGCUGCGAGCCGGUGGCAGGGUCCCCGCGCGGUGGCGCUCAAGGCAGUGCCGCGCGGGAAUAGCAGCGCGCGCGAGCUGGCCCUCAUGCUGCGCCUCCGGACCGCCGAGGCCCACGCGAACCGCAUCAUCCAACUCGAGUCCUACUUCUUCGACCGCGAGGGCAGCCUGCUCGUGCAGGUACUGCCGCUCUUCGACUCGUCGCUCCGCGCCUACAUCGACGAGGCGCCGCGUGCCACCGACCCACUCAGCAACAUCGAGCUCGCGCGCAGCGCCGGCCGCCAGCUCGCCACCGCCCUCGCCCACGUUCACCGCCUCGGCAUCGUACAUCGAGACGUCAAGCCCGAGAAUGUGCUGGUCUCGCACCGGCGGGGCAGCGCAGACGGCGCGGACAUUAUCUGCGUGCUCGCUGACUUUGGCGCCGCGAAGGACCACAGCCGCGGCGCCGCCGAGUCCUCCCCCUCCCUGUGCUACGACGGUGGCUGGCAGCGACGGCUCACCGAUGGCGUCAAGGCCAACCACCCGGGCGGCCGCGCGCGGAUGCAGUGGGCCGACGAGAAGGCGGUCGAGGCGCCACUGAACGCUGCCAAGCGGUUUCUGCAGCGCAUCUUUGUGUACCGGCCGGGGUUGCGACCAUCGGCAGAGGCUUGCCUCGGCCAGCCAUUUCUCGCGCGGUGGUCGGGGGGCUGA